AUAUGGUAGAAAAUAUUUAAAGAAUGUGAUCGAUUUGGUUUUAAAUCGAACUUUUAUCGCAUUCAUACAACUCCUAGUUCGAUUAAGUUUGUCAACCUGGCUAAAGAAAGAAAGUCAUCGAUAUACAGACAUGUGCUUUGUCAUUUAUUAAGAGAUCUUUAAGUGAGAAGGUCAGAAAGUAAACCAGGUGCCUAAUCUUGAAAAGAAAACUGUGUUUUAUAUCAGAUUCUUCGAAUUCCUUUCCGAAGCAGUGAAUCCCAUAUUACUGCAAGAUGAAAGUGUGGAGAGAUGUAGGUCUUACCUAUAUCCACUAUUCCAACAUCGCAGCCCGCGUGGUGCGAGAGGCCCUGCGAGUGGAGCUCCGUGCAGAUGCCGCCAAGCGAAACAUUAGCCAUGUGAAGUUCACUCCCUGGGUGAACGGAAGGCCUGUGCCACGCAAGAAGAAGGAGCCCACAUCCGAGUCCUAGGCGCCUUUGUGGCCCAUUUGGAUGAUUAGUUCACCAUGUUCCAUCCUUUAUAUCCGCUGUCGCGAUUCUAUAAUAAUAAUUUAAAUGAAUUUGAAUCACUAAUGGACGGGCUUUUGUUUUUGAAAACUUCACAGUUCAUUCUAAAGUACAACACAGUUCUGUAUUUAAAUACCAUUUAAAUAAUAAUAUACACAACAUUUAGCAUACAUUC